AUGGCUGAGCUCACACUUCAGAUCGCCAUAAUUGGAGCUGGCCUCGGUGGCCUAGCAGCAGCCAUCGGAGUUGCUCGUGCAGGACACAAAGUCACGAUUCUCGAGCAGGCGUCAUUACUUGGAGAGAUCGGUGCAGGCAUUCAAAUACCUCCAAAUUCUUCCCGAAUACUCAAACAUUACGGCCUGCUUGACAAGAUCGAGUCUGUCUCGGUCCGACCUAGAGACUUCAUAAUACGCUCCUAUCGAGAUGGCACGAUUCUCAGCAAGCAAAACAUGGUACCCUACGCGGAAAAGCGUUACGGUGUCCCUUACCUACACAUUCACCGUGCAGACUACCACCGCAUUCUGGUAGCUGAAGCCGAACGGUUAGGAGUGAAGCUGCAACUGGGUUCCACGGUCACAAAAAUAGAUUUCGAUACGGCCUCCAUUCUAAUAAGAGACAAGCCCGACUUUCAUGCGGAUCUCAUCCUCGGUGCUGACGGGUUGAAAUCUAUCUGCCGUGAAUCACUUCUUGGGCACGUCGACCCACCACACCUGACUGGUGACCUGGCGUAUCGAAUCCUCAUUAAGGCUGAAGACAUGAAGAAGCAUGCUGAUCUGCGCGAGCUGGCCGGAGAGCCGGCAAUCAAUUACUGGAUGGGACCCUAUGGCCACGUCGUCUGCUACCUUCUGCAAGGCGGUGGGUUGUACAAUAUCGUACUCAUUUGUCCUGACAACUUGCCUGAGAUGAUAAAUACUAUCAAAGCGGACCUACAAGAAAUGCGAGAAUUCUUCGCUGGGUGGGACCCAAAGUUGAAAACACUAUUGGGCCUUGUGCAGGAAACGACGAAAUGGAGGCUGUUGAACAGCGAAGAGAUGGAGAGCUGGAGUCAUCCUAGUGGGAAAUUUGCCCUGCUAGGGGACGCUUGUCAUGCUACUUUGCCCUACCUUGCUCAAGGCGCGGCCCAGGCUGUUGAAGAUGGAGCCGUCCUCGGUGCUCUUUUUGAGCGGAUAGAGCAAAAGUCACAGAUAUCAGAUGUUCUCACUAUCUAUGAGCGUCUCCGCAAGGAACGCACGACACGCGUCGUCAAGGGAAGCACAGCUUUGAGGGACAUCUUCCAUAUGCAGGAUGGUGAACGCCAACGGGAGCGCGAUCGCCAAUUGACCCAGCAGGAGCCGUUCGAAGGAUACCCAAAUCGCUGGGCCGAUCCUACAUUCCAGGAAUACCUAUUUGGAUACGAUGCUUUUGCGGAAGUGGACAUGGCGUGGAAAAGGUACAAAUCGGGAACGUUCCCAGGUACUGCAGGCCAUUUCAAAUCGAACCUUUGA